CCGCAACCUGACAGCGGGCGUAGCACUUCCGAAUCCCGCGGCUCAUAGCGUUUCACUGCUCCACUGCCUGCCAAGGGAAUGCCCCCGGCCGAGCCGCCUAGAGGAAUUCCCAAGGCAAGGUGGGGCAGCGGCGAAACGACCCCCAGGCCAGGCGGGCCAGGCGUCAUUCCCCAUGACUGUCACUGCAGCGGGUCGAAUUGUCGAAUUGAUCCGCGAGUCGCGAUAUUUCCAGGACAUGCGAGUGUUGUCGCUCGCCAACUUGUUCUCAGCGACUGAUUUCUGUCCGUCCGAUCAACCAGCUCGUUCUUAUCGAUGGCUUAGCGAAAACCGAUCUAUCCAUCCACCGCCGUUGAUGACCACGACUUUGCACGCUGCUCAGCAGCUUUCAUCAGCUGCGGAUGGGUCCAGCCAGCAAAUCCGAUCUCGAGGCACCGGGAUCUGCCAUUUGCAGGAAUUCUCCACUGCUUGGCGCGCAGCGGCGCUUAUUACGAGACCUGUCACCCCGCAGCCUUCGUACGAACAGCGUUAGUCACACAAUUUCCCGUGCGAAUCCGUUCCGCGUAUGGUGGCAGCAGUGCCGCGGUGUUCCCAGGGGUCGAGCAGAGCAAUCGUGAGCUCUCGCGUCCCGGAAUGGGCCAAACCGACCUUCGCUGGAAGCCUCAGGCCGAGGCUCUCCGGAACGCCUGCAAUCCUGCUUUAGUAAAAGCACAGCCAGACGUCCGGCGAAAUUUCCCAGGCUCUGGGGUCGACUUGCAGCGAGUCUUCGGCCUCCUGUGGGGCAAAGGCUUAAAGAUGACGCACGCAGAGGGCAAGCAUCGGAAGACGGGCAUUUCGUCCAUGAGAAAGGAAGCAGGGAUUAAGGAAGCAGGGAGUAAGGUACUUUCGUUCCUGCAAGAUCGUCAGACUUGGUCUCGGAGACACCUUCCACAGACUCUUAAUCGCGUGAUGGCUUCUGUGGGCGACGGGAAUCUGGAAUUCGAGGACCCGUAUCUAUCCCUCCCCUCGUUCGGAUGCUUCUUUACCGAACCUGUAGCAGCCAUAGCAGAAUAUGCCAGCCCUCCACCGCCUGCAGGCGAGAAUCAUGAGAGGGAGAAGGUUGAGAGGGAGACGCCAGAGAGAGAGAAGCCAGAGAGGGAGCAGAAAGAGAGGGACAGUAGAUCGUCCAUGUCCAACAAGAAGAGCCGGCUGCGACACCAGUCAGCCAUUCUGCAGCGACGAGGCCGCAAUGCUGAAUCUGCCCGAGACCUGCUUCCCCCUGGCGCUGGUGCUGCCACUCAAAGCGGCGCUCCUACUGCUGCUGCUGCUGCGCAAGGGAGUGAGGGGAAAGCGGCGACCAGGCAACGAGGCAGCGGUGUGGCCGGACAAAGAAGCUCCAUCUACCGUGGAGUGACCAGGCACCGCUGGACUGGCCGCUACGAGGCGCAUCUGUGGGAUAACUCGUGCCCCAAGGAGGGCACCAACAAGAGGGGCCGGCAAGGUGGAUUCCUCCGAGGGUAUGACGACGAGGAGAGCGCUGCCAGAGCAUACGACCUUGCUGCACUCAAGUACUGGGGCCCAACUGCUGCCAUCAACUUCCCUGUUGAGAACUAUGAGAGGGAGUUGAGGGAGAUGGAAGUGAUCUCCAAGUAUGAGUAUGUGGCUUCCAUUCGAAGGAAGAGCUGUGGGUUCUCUCGAGGGGCAUCCAAGUACCGAGGUGUGACAAGGCAUCACCAGCAUGGGCGGUGGGAAGCCCGCAUAGGGAGAGUGAUGGGCAACAAGUACCUCUACUUAGGCACUUUCGCCACUCAGGAGGAGGCAGCAGAGGCGUAUGACAUAGCCGCUGUCAAGUAUCGAGGACUGAAUGCGGUUACCAACUUCGACCUGAGCCGAUACAUAGACGGUCUGAGCUCGCAAGACGACGGCCCUCAAAGAACUGAGGAACCAGUGAAGCUGGAUUCCGCGCUGGAGCCCACGAUUUCGGAUCCAGUUCCCCAAUUCCUCUCAUUCCAAAGUGACCAUACCACUGGUUGCUACACUCAAGCAGCAUCAAUUGACCUCAGCGCUCCAUUGCAGCUGCAUUCAACGCACAUCUUAUCAGCAGGAGAGCCGAACAUGAUGCCCUUGUAUUGUCAGCACAGCAUCGAAGUGGACCAGCAACAAGACGCGAGGCUGCUCCCAAGCUUUGCUGCAUGGUAUGACGACCUGGGCUUCGAUGUUGGCUAAAAGAAACUGCCAUUUGAGUUUUGGGCAUAGUAUGUGUUGGAAAUAUCUCAAGGACUUAAGCGUUUCUGAAGUGUAACACUGUACUCGAGGAAGAUUACAGGGGAGCACGCGAGUCAACGGAGGUUACACGAGGGGGCGGACAAAGAAUGCGAAAGGACUCGAAAGGUCGCAACUGGAGGUUGCGACUGACCGUUACAACAUCACGGAUGGUAACCGAAGCGGCAAUCGAGUCGCUGUGCGACUCGAUAAACCGUUCCUGUAACUGUAUUCUACAACUGCUUUCUUAUCUUCUAUAUAUUGCUGUAUGCUUGUUUCUUUAAUCAAUCACUUGUUCUCACAUACUAGUACAAGGGUUCAACUGACUUAAGCGUUUCUGAAGUGUAACACUGUACUCGAGGAAGAUUACAGGGGAGCACGCGAGUCAACGGAGGUUACACGAGGGGGCGGACAAAGAAUGCGAAAGGACUCGAAAGGUCGCAACUGGAGGUUGCGACUGACCGUUACAACAUCACGGAUGGUAACCGAAGCGGCAAUCGAGUCGCUGUGCGACUCGAUAAACCGUUCCUGUAACUGUAUUCUACAACUGCUUUCUUAUCUUCUAUAUAUUGCUGUAUGCUUGUUUCUUUAAUCAAUCACUUGUUCUCACAUACUAGUACAAGGGUUCAACUGUCUCAAUUUCCGCUGCACUACUCCAAGUCUCAAGUCUCUACAAGCUGGGACUUAGUCUCUGCAAAAGAUCCUAAGGGCUUUUCUC